AUGUCGUCGGGCGCCGCCGCCGACGCCGGCGACGAGGUCGUCCACGACUUCUCCCCGCUGCUCCUGGUCUACAAGAGCGGCCGGCUCGAGCGGCCGCUCGACAUGCCGCCCGUCCCGCCGGGCCACGACGCCGCCACGGGGGUCGCGUCCAAGGACGUCCCGCUCUCGCCCUCCUCGUUCGCGCGCCUCUACCUCCCGCCCGGCGCCGGCGCCGGCGCGGCCAAGACGAAGCUCCCCGUCCUCGUGUACUUCCACGGCGGCGGGUUCGUGAUCGGGUCGGCCGCGACGCCCGCGUACCACCGCUGCCUCAACGACCUCGCCGCGGCCUGCGGCGCCGUCGCCGUCUCCGUCGACUACCGCCUCGCCCCGGAGCACCCGCUCCCCGCGGCCUACGACGACUCCCUCGCGGCCCUCAACUGGGCGCUCUCCGCCGCCGACCCGUGGAUCGCCGACCACGGCGACCUGUCCCGCGUCUUCCUCGCGGGCGACAGCGCCGGGGGCAACGUCUGCCACCACCUCGCCAUGCGGCAGGAGUUCCAGGGGAAGCUCAAGGGCGUCGUCCUCAUCCACCCGUGGUUCUGGGGCAAGGAGCCCAUCGGCGAGGAGCCCCGGCCGGCCGGGAACAAGGGCGGCGUGGAGGAGAAGGGCCUGUGGGAGUUCGUGUGCCCCGACGCGGUGGACGGCGCGGACGACCCCCGGGUGAACCCGACUGCUGCGGGCGCGCCGGGGCUGGAGAAGCUGGCGUGCGACAAGGUGAUGGUGUGCGUGGCCGAGGGGGACUUCCUGCGGUGGCGCGGCAGGGCGUACGCGGAGGCGGUGGCGCGGGCGAGGGGCCCCCAGCCGGCGGUGGAGCUGUUCGAGUCGGAGGGCGUCGGCCACGUGUUCUACCUGUACGAGCCCGCGUCGGAGAAGGCCAGGGAGCUGCUCCAGAAGAUCGUCGCGUUCGUGACCGAGUGAGAGGCUGACCUCAUUGUGCGCCCUGGUGCAACAAGAUUGUGAAGCCAGGUGGAAAUGUGAAAAUAAAAUAAUUGGAUGUUUA